UCAUGUGUCCUUGCUUCACUUGGCUGUCACUCAGCAGCAGACAGCCAUGGCUGCCCUUAGCAAGCUAACGUACAACUGCUAUGAAAUCGGCCACACUUGGAGCCCGUCGUGUAUGCAGUCCACGGCCGACAUAACCAGAGGGGCGCUGGAAGUCUCCUUCAAAAUAUACGCCCCUCUUUACUUGAUAGCUGCUAUUCUUAGGAGAAGGAAGAAGGAUUACUACUUAAAAAGGCUUCUCCCUGAGAUCUUACAGUCUACCUCUUUCCUCACGGCCAAUGCAGCCCUCUACAUAUUCUUCUUCUGCGUUCUACGGAAACUACUGGGAGGGUUUUAUUCAUGGUCUAUUGGGUUUGGCUCAGCAUUGCCCGCCUCCUAUAUUGCCAUCCUCCUGGAGCGUAAGAGCAGGAGAGGACUUCUCACAAUAUACAUGACAAACCUUGCCACCGAGACCCUGUUCCGCAUGGCAGUGACACGAGGCAUCAUUAAACCUAUCAAACAUGGCGAGGUGCUCCUGUUCUGUAUAACGGCAUCGCUCUACAUGUUCCUCUUCAGGAGUAAAGAUGGUCUUAAAGGCUUUGCAUUCUCGGCACUGAAGUUCAUCAUCGGCAAAGAAGAGAUCCCAUCUCACUCUGUUACAGCUGAGCCUGUUGGCACAAGGCCUCGAGAGGGGCAAGCCACAGCAGAGUUGGGCGCUUCACAUGGAUCAGUGACGCGGCAUGAGUCAAGGAGGAGCAAAUCUUUGUUGGCCUACACUAAGGGACUGCUGGAGUCAAUAUGCAAAAGGGGUCCAAGGCACAGAUGUUGUAAACAUCAUCAGGACAACUGCAUUUCCUACUGCAUUAAAGGUUUUGUGAGGAUGUUCAGCAUUGGCUACUUGAUUCAGUGUUGCCUUAAAGUGCCGUCAGCGUUCCGGCAACUCUUCUCGAAACCCUCAAGACUCCCGUCCCUCUUCUACAACAAAGACAACUUCCAGCUGGGCGCCUUUUUGGGCUCUUUUGUCAGCAUCUACAAGGGAACAAGCUGCUUGCUUCGCUGGUUGCGGGAUAUCGACGAUGAGCUGCACGCUCUGGUUGCUGGCUCCCUUGCCGGCUUAUCCAUGUUUUUCUACAAGAGCACGUCAAUAUCCAUGUAUCUCUUCUCUAAGUUGGUGGAGACCUUGUACUUCAAGGGCAUCGAGGCAGGCCACUUCCCUUACUUUCCACAAGCGGACACAGUCCUCUACGCCAUCUCAACUGCCAUCUGUUUUCAAGCUGCUGUUAUGGAGGUCCAGAACCUACGACCUACAUACUGGAAGUUUCUUCUGCGUCUCACUAAGGGCAGGUUUGCUCUGAUGAACCGGCAGCUGUUGGAUGUUUUCGGCACCCAGGCCUCCAGGGACUUUCAGGGUUUUGUGCCCAAACUGGACCCGCGUUACGUCACAGUGCACAGCCAAACGACACUUCCACAAGGGGGUGACACCCAGCUUUUAUGAUGUGGGAUAAAAUGAUGAUCUUUAGUUAAGAGAUGUUUUAUUUGGAGGUUAUCUAAACUGAGAGGUGUAAUGCCUAUGACGGCCUUCUGCUACUCUGAGCAACUGAAAAUCUGCAGCGACCUUCAUGCAUUUGUCGAUUGUGUGUAGCCUUUUGUUUGUUUUUGCAAGGUACAGAUGAUAUCACCAAAUGACUUUACCUACCUUGUAGCAUUCCAACACAUCUUUCUUUCUCAGGUUUCCAAUAACACUACAUUUACUUAUUUUAGAUGUGUGUUUUGACUGUGAAACUAAUGUGGUGAAGUUACAAUAAUGUUUUAGAUCCUCAACUAUCCACAGGUUGACAACACGUUGAUGGUGUACAACGGGUUUGGGUUGAUUACAUUCAUUGGUUAAGUUUCAAAUGCAUUGGUUUAGUUUCAAUGGGCACAAUUUCACUGCAAAGCCACUGAAAUUGUAUUUGGAAGUUUUUUAACAUGUGAACUGUAUGCCAGAGAAUAUAGAAUAGACCUUAAUAUUUGAGGCACGGUUGAAUUAGUAGUUCUGAUAAUCAUAGUAAUUCUGUUUCACAAAACAGUAACAGAAGAAUUAAAAGUUGAUUUUAACAGUAAGAUCAAACACAAAUUUCAACAUGUCCAAGUGCAGGCAUUGUCUGAGUUCACAGCACAGUUAAAUGUUUGUAUCACAUCUUUACCGUCUGUCAUGCUUGUUGAAAGUCAGUUUACAGCAAUUGAAGAUUUUACACAAUAACACAUUUACAACUUAAAUAAAGUUAACAGCUUGUGCCAAAAAUCAUUUUAACAUAUCCUUUAUGUUUUAUUUUCAGUGGACCAUAAUUGGUCAUGCUUGUUCAGAGUUGAUUUUUGAUCAUUUUCAUCCGGCACUCCAAACACAGCUUUGGACACACAUGACCUUAGAGAAUUCACUAUAGACAGAAAUGCUUUAAAUAUAUAUGUAUUAACCAAAUCUAUGUUACAUAUUAUCACACUAAUGCGAUUUCCUGAAAAUGUAUUUGAUUUAUGUUGACGUAUUAAAAUAUUUUUGACUAAUAUAAAAUA